AUGGAUUUGGGGGCUGGCAGUGGCAGCUCGUUUUGGAACAGUGGAAGUGUGGAUUUCUUUUCGAGACCAUCUGUACAUGAGGAGGACGAGGAGGCUCUGAAAUGGGCAGCCAUUGAAAGGCUUCCAACUUUGCGGCGUUUGAGGAAAGGUUUGGUGACAACGCUGGAGGGUGAAACUGAUGAAGUUGAUGUCCCAAAUCUUGGGUUUCAACAGAGGAGGAAUUUGAUUGAGAGGCUUAUAGGAGUUGCUGAAGAGGGCAAUGAGAAGUUCUUGUUGAAGCUCCACAAUCGUCUUGAUAGAGUUGGAAUCGAACUUCCGACGAUCGAAGUUCGGUUCGAGCAUUUGAAUGUGGAAGCAGAUGCUUAUGUUGGAAGUAGAGCUCUUCCGACGGUUCUCAAUUUCACACUCAGUAUGGUGGAGGGUUUGUUGGGUUGCCUUCAUAUGUUUUCCAGUAGAAAGAAGCAGUUUAAAAUCCUUCAUAAUAUCAGUGGAAUCGUCAAGCCUGGAAGAAUGACACUGCUGUUGGGUCCUCCAAGCUCUGGAAAAACCACUCUCUUAUUAGCACUUGCAGGAAAGCUUGAUCCUCAUCUAAAAGCAUCUGGAAGGGUGAGUUACAAUGGCCAUGACAUGAAUGAGUUUGUACCUCAGAGGAGUGCUGCCUACAUUAGUCAAUAUGAUCUUCAUAUUGGAGAAAUGACUGUUAGGGAAACUCUAGCUUUCGCUGCACGAUGUCAGGGCGUCGGCUCGCGCUAUGACAUGCUAGCAGAACUCUCAAGAAGAGAGUUUGCAGCCAAUAUAAAGCCCGAUCCUAAUAUCGAUACCUUCAUGAAGGCAGCUGCAACAGAAGGCCAAGAGGAAAAUGUGGUGACAGAUUAUAUCUUGAAGAUUUUGGGAUUGGAAGCGUGUGCUGAUGCAAUGGUUGGGGAUGAAAUGAUAAGGGGUAUCUCUGGAGGAGAAAGGAAGAGAGUUACUACAGGUGAAAUGUUAGUCGGCCCGGCGAGGGCGCUGUUCAUGGACGAAAUUUCAACGGGUUUGGAUAGCUCCACAACUUUUCAGAUUGUGAAUUCUUUGAAGCAAUGUGUUCACAUUCUUAAAGCAACUGCGGUCAUUUCACUUCUCCAGCCAGCACCAGAGACUUAUGACCUUUUUGAUGACAUUAUUCUCCUAUCUGAUGGUCGAAUUGUUUAUCAGGGUCCUCGUGAUGAGGUGCUUGAGUUUUUUGAAUCUAUGGGAUUUGUAUGUCCAGAGAGAAAGGGAGUGGCUGAUUUUCUUCAAGAGGUGACAUCAAGGAAAGAUCAAGAGCAGUACUGGAAGAACAAAGAUGAGCCUUACAGCUUCAUUACCGCCCAAGAAUUUUCUCAAGCGUUUCAUUCGUUCCAUGUUGGCCAAAAGCUCGGAGACAAACUUGCCAUGUCUUUUGAUAAGUCUAAGAGCCACAAAGCAGCUUUGACGAUGCAACGGUAUGGCGUCGGAAAGAGAGAAUUGUUAAAAGCUUGUUUCUCUAGAGAGAUUCUCCUUAUGAAGAGGAAUUCAUUCGUCUACAUCUUCAAACUCUUUCAGCUAAUGGUUAUGGCUUUAAUUACAAUGAGCGUAUUCCUAAGAACUGAGAUGCACCGCGAUUCUAUUGUCGAUGGAGGAAUAUAUGCUGGUGCUUUGUUCUUCACAGUUAUUAUGGUUAUGUUUAAUGGAUUGUCAGAGCUCUCGAUGACCACAGUUAAGCUUCCCAAUUUCUACAAGCAAAGGGACCUCCUAUUCUAUCCUCCAUGGUCUUAUUCUAUUCCCAAUUGGAUCCUCAAGAUUCCUAUUACUUUUGUAGAAGUUGCCCUGUGGGUUGCCAUCACCUACUAUGGUAUUGGCUUUGAUCCAAAUAUUGAAAGGUUUUUCAAACAAUUCUUGGUGCUUCUACUAGUAAACCAGAUGGCUUCUGCACUUUUUCGAUUCAUUGCUGCAUUAUGUAGAAACAUGGUUGUUGCAAACACGGUCGGUUCUUUUGCACUUCUGACCCUCUAUGCACUUGGCGGGUUUGUCCUGUCUAGAGACGACAUUAAGAAAUGGUGGACGUGGGGCUACUGGAUUUCACCAAUAAUGUAUGCCCAGAAUGCUGUAGUUGCAAAUGAGUUCCUUGGAAAGAGUUGGGCACAUAAAAUUCUCUCAAAGGAAACUCUAGGAAUCAGGGUUUUGAAGUCCCGAGCAUUCUUCCCGAAUGCAUACUGGUAUUGGAUUGGUGCAGGAGCUUUGCUUGGUUAUGUAUUUUUGUUCAACUUCCUUUUCACUUUGGCGCUGGCGUUCCUCAACCCAUUUGGGAAGGCUCAUGCUGUUAAAUCAGGGGAACCAGAAAGCAGUGACAAUGGUGACAAAAGAGUAAUUUGUUGGGCAUGUGACGAUGAUAAUGCUAGGAGAAAUAUGAUUUCAGGGGCUUUGGAUUCAAGUACAGAAACUAAUUUCCAAGCCAAUGCCAAAAAGAGAACAGGAAUGAUUCUUCCAUUUGAGCAACAUUCAAUUGCCUUUGAAGAUAUCACGUACUCUGUUGACAUUCCGCAGGAGAUGAAAAAUCAAGGUUUUCUUGAUCAUAAGUUGGUGCUACUGAAGGGUAUAAGUGGCGUUUUCAGGCCUGGUGUUUUAACAGCUCUUAUGGRAGUGAGUGGUGCUGGUAAAACGACACUAAUGGAUGUGCUUGCCGGUAGAAAAACAGGUGGUUACAUUGAAGGAAACAUCAAAAUAUCCGGUUAUCCAAAGAAGCAAGAAACAUUUGCCAGAAUCUCGGGUUACUGCGAGCAAAACGACAUCCACUCUCCUCAUGUUACUGUGUACGAGUCCUUGCUCUACUCAGCAUGGCUUCGUUUGCCUCGUGAAGUCGAUUCCAAAACUAGAAAGAUGUUCAUUGAAGAAGUGAUGGAAGUCGUGGAAUUGAAGACAUUGAGGCAUGCUCUAGUUGGGUUGCCUGGUGAAAAUGGUCUCUCAACCGAGCAACGCAAGAGAUUAACGAUAGCAGUGGAGCUCGUAGCAAAUCCAUCCAUAAUAUUCAUGGAUGAGCCAACCUCAGGGCUAGAUGCUAGAGCUGCAGCAAUCAUCAUGCGAACAGUUAGAAACACCGUGGAUACUGGAAGAACUGUAGUCUGCACCAUUCACCAACCGAGCAUUGAUAUCUUCGAAGCUUUCGACGAGCUCUUCUUGAUGAAGCCAGGAGGCCAAGAAAUCUACGUCGGUCCAUUGGGUCACCAUUCUUUUCAUCUAAUAAAGUACUUUGAGGAAAUUAAAGGAGUUGAUAAAAUAAAGGACUGCUACAACCCAGCCACAUGGAUGUUGGAAGUAACUUCCCCAACACAGGAAUCAGCAUUGGGGGUUGACUUCACUGAUUUGUACAAAAAUUCAGAACUAUAUAGGAGAAACAAGAUGCUUAUCAAUGAAUUGAGUAGCCCAACUCCGGGUUCGAAAGACCUAUACUUCACAAUGCAGUACUCGAGAUCACUUUACACACAAUGCGUGGCUUGUUUAUGGAAACAACAUUGGUCUAACUGGCGCAAUCCUUCAUACUCUGCGGUGAGAUUACUCUUUACUGUCGUCAUUGCGCUUAUGCUUGGCACGAUGUUUUGGGAUCUUGGUACCAAAAGGAAAAGACAACAAGAUCUAUUCAAUUCUAUGGGUUCGAUGUACACUGCUAAUCUCUUCUUGGGAGUCCAAAAUGCUUUCUCUGUGCAACCGGUGGUCGCUGUAGAACGAACUGUCUUUUAUCGCGAAAGAGCUGCUAGGAUGUACUCGGUUAUACCAUAUGCAUUUUCAAUGGUGCUGAUUGAACUCCCAUAUGUUCUGGUUCAAGCAGUGGUUUACACUCUCAUAGUGUACUCGAUGAUCGGAUUCGAGUGGACCGUGGCUAAAUUCAUGUGGUAUCUCUUCAUCAUGUACUUCACUUUGCUAUACUUCACAUUCUAUGGGAUGGCAGUCGCAAUGACACCAAAUCAUCACAUUGCUUCCAUUCUCUCAUUUGCAUUCUUUGCAUUGUGGAACCUCUUUUCUGGAUUUGUCGUCCCAAAAUCCAGGAUUCCAAUUUGGUGGGUAUGGUACUACUGGAUUUGCCCUGUGGGUUGGACCUUAUAUGGAUUGGUUGCCUCUCAAUUUGGAGAUGUGAAAGAUGUGCUGCUUGAUGUUGAUCAAACUGUGGAACAAUUUGUGAGACACUACUUUGGUUUCAGACAUGAUUUUCUGGGAGUUUCUGCUUCUGUGGUUGUUGGAUUUGCUCUUCUUUUUGCUUCCAUAUUUGCCAUCUCUUUAAAAAAUUUAAAUUUCCAAAGAAGAUGAUAGUUAAUAUUAUUAUUAUUAUUAUUAUUUAUUUAUGGGGAGAUUGUAUAGUGUUCUAUGAGUAAAAGUACUUGGAGGGAGUUCAUUGUAAAAGUUGUUGAUAUUAAUUGCUUUUCUUUGUAAUGUGCUUGUA